UUGUUUAUAAAAACAUGACAUAAUUUAUGAAACAGUCUUUAAAAUUAUGCCAUCAUGUUUUACGUUUGGGGCAAUCAAACAAACAUUUCCUGAGCCAAACCAAGUUCCUGUAAACUGGCGCUCUCAGAUGUUGCUGGCGGAGUGUAAAUGGUACAGCCACUUUGCAAAACUAGCUGGCAGUCUCAGGCAGUUAAACGUACACGUAUCUGUGAGCCAGCCAUUCCAAUCUGGUAUCUACCCCCAGAGAAAUAAAACCACAGGUCGGUACAAAGGACUUGUGCACAAAUGCUGACAGUAUCUUGUAAUUUCCUAAAACGGGCAACGGCAGUGUCCACUAACAGGUGCAGGGACGAGCAGACUGUGGCUUGUCCGUAUGAUGGAAUACUGCUCAGAAUAAGAAGGAAUGAAGUGGUGAGGAAUGCAAUGAUGUGGAUGGAUCUCAAAAUCAUUAGGUGAAAAAAGCCAGGCAGAAAGUACACAGUGCAUGAUCCCAUUACAUAAAAUUACAGAAUAUGCCAACGGAUCCAGAGAGCCGGAGAGCUGUCAGUGAUUGCCCAGAGACGAGGGUGGAAGGAGGAUGGAGUGAGAGCGGCACAGAACACGCGUAGGGGUCAGGCACAUGCUUGCUACCUUGGCUCCGGUGACAGUUUCCCGGGUGCACACAUACACAAAAACUGACCAAAUCACACACUUAAAUAUGUGUACUUCAGUAAAGUUGGAGGGUGGUUACAGCAUCCUAAAUUCUAUCUGCUGUUCUUUCAGGAAGCUCAGAGAAAAAACUUUCAGACCACGGUGACAAGAAGCCUGAAGCUACAACAUGAGCCCGCUGCGAGCCACAAAGCCCGGCCUUCUGGUGUGUGCGGCCAUUUGCAUCACCUCCAUUUUUCUCUAUUUAAGGAACCCAACUCACAAGGGGCCAGAGGAGGAGCCCAUCUAUCCGGCAAUAGUGGAAUGCGGCUUUUAUCCAGAUGAACUGUGCUCAGCUUUAUUUGAAGGGAAAGGGGCAGCCCCCCAAAUUGCAAAAUUCUGUAACAACGCUCAUGGACCAGAAAUACUCACUCCCUUACACACCCCAGGAAAUUGCUCCAGGGUUUCCCAGGCGCUGCAUUUCAUAUCCCGCCCUCUGUCUGCCGAAGAGACCCAUUUCUCGUUGGCAUAUAUAAUAACUGUUCCGAAGGAGCUGGCCAUGUUUGUGCAGCUUCUCAGAGCUAUUUAUGUACCUCAAAAUGUUUAUUGUAUUCACGUUGAUGAAAAGGCCCCAAAGAAGUACAAAGCUGCUGUGCAAACCCUGCUUAACUGUUUUGAAAAUAUUUUCAUUUCAUCGAAGAGAGAGAAGGUGCCUAAUAUGGGCUUUACAAGACUACAGGCAGAUAUUAACUGUAUGAAAGAUCUAGUCCAUUCCACAUUUCAAUGGCACUAUGUCAUUAAUCUUUGUGGACAGGACUUUCCAAUCAAAACCAACAAAGAAAUCAUACACUACAUCAGAAGCAAAUGGAGUGACAAAAAUAUCACUCCUGGGGUAAUUCAACAAGGAAACAGGAGAUCCAAGGCCAGUCCAAGCCAUCCCGAAUUCAGCCCUGAAGGAAAUAGCUAUGUGUCUCCAAAUAAAAUAUUCAAAGCUGAUCCACCCCAUAACUUAACAAUUUAUUUUGGAAGCGCUUACUACGUACUAACGAGGAAGUUUGUACAGUUUGUACUGACAGACAUCCGUGCAAAAGACAUGCUUCAGUGGUCCAAAGACAUGCACAGCCCAGAGCGACAUUACUGGGUGACUCUGAACCGACUAAAAGAUGCUCCAGGUGCCACAGCGAAUGCUGGCUGGGAAGGUGACGUGCGAGCCACUAAAUGGAGAAACGAGGAGGGACGUGUUCACGACGGAUGUAAAGGCCGUUAUGUCCGGGAGAGCUGUGUAUAUGGUCCAGGAGACUUGCCGUGGAUCAUUCAAUCGCCUUCUCUGUUUGCCAGCAAAUUCGACUCCUCAACAGACCCUCUUGUGGUCACGUGUCUGGAGAGGUGGCACAGACUUAGAGUGCUGCGGCAGGCAGAGGUUUCUGUGGAGCCACACUGGCGGUUUCCACAGCAGACUCAUUUUGAUGUGAAACUGAACGGCUGAGCUGGACGUUGUAAGGAGGGUUUGCUUUCUUACUGGUAUCAUACUGUUUCCUUGACUUAAGAGAACAUUCAACCAAAGAAGAUGGGAAAAUGAUUCUUUGAUACAAGUUAGUCCUAUAAUGAAUUGAGAAAAAUGCUAUUGACAACACUUUGCUACUGAUUAAAGGCCACUUCUAUCGCUUUGAGAAAGAAAUCAUGAGAGGAAAAGAAUCUCAAGGUACUGCUGGGGACACAGAUAAGCUCCCUGCAGGGCUGCCUGCUUCAGUAAACAGCUGCUGAAAAUGGAGAUCCUUCAAACGCUUCGAUCCAGGCUCAGGUGAGAAUAAGAACACAGCUUGUUUGGAGCGGUGGAGGGGGAAGCUGGGAGCCAUGGGACAGGCCCGGGAGGCCAAGAUACAGCAGCCGCCUCCGUGAGCACCAGAACCGACGACAAGAAGCUGCGGCUCGCUCCGCCCUGAGUCGGGCUCUCACUGUGUUCACUUGUGAAGUAAAAAAACACAAUUAAAUCCCAUGUAAACCAUGUCUGAAAUAAACUGCUAUGGACUGUAUCGUAAAGGCGAUGUAUUAACGAGAAUCUUGAGAUAAUUUCUCUAGUUUUCUGGGCACAGAGGCUUCUUGCUAACAUGCACAGUGUACUGUUCAACUGUUCUAUUAGAUUUUUCUUUUACAUGUGAAAGUCUAAGGCUGCCUG